AUGUUCCAUACUGUAUGUUUUUUGUCGCAAGCAAGUAGCGGUGGACAUAGCUGCUUCUGGGAUAGUGACGAAGCAAGAUUAAGGUCGGAACGAAUGAAGUUUUGGGGGAAGGCUGUGGACAUAGAUGAACUAUGUGGAAAGGAUGAUGCAUGGUGGGGAGUCAGAGGUUACAUGCGUGACAAUUUCAACCAUAGCAAUGAGGCCAUCUCACACAAAGAGCAUUUCCAGAACAGCAGGCUUGUUGAGUCUGUGUUGGAUCUGUAUUGGGAACUACCUCCUGUUGCUGGUCCGUCCUUAACUCACCAGACAAGAUAUGACCCAGCCCGCGCAUCCGAUCCCAUCAUUGAAGAUGGACGCCAUGGCUUGUUUCAAAGAAUUGGCCUGAGUAGAUUGGACGCUUCAGUGUUCAACGGUUACACUCAGAUGGCAUACGUUCAGAUAUCAGGCACAAUGCUCAGAAGAGAGGAUGAGUAA